AUGGUAGCGGCGGCGAAGGUUGCCCCGAAGUUCUGGCUAUCUGAACCGAUGAAGACGCAAGGCUCAGUGACAGGUCCCAUCGUACCGGUGGAGGUGGAUCUUCCUAAAAAUGCUACCGAUGCACAAUGGCAGCGGUACCUGCGCGAUACUGGUACAGCAGCUAUGAUGUCUCGAGCAUUGGGGGGGUUCGUCGCUCCCGAGCUUAGGGUCGACGGCACCGCGAAUGUAAGGGUUGUCGAUGCUUCGGUGGUUCCACUCCAGGUUAGCGGACACUUGACAGCGUCUCUUUACGGCCUGGCGGAACGUGCGUCGGAUAUCAUCAAGAGGACAACUUAUUGA